AUUAAACGAUGAGACCCUAAUACUACAUCCCUCACAACUAUUCAAAUUAUGAGAUAAAUAUAUAAGUAGGCAAGCAAGCCCAACACCACCACCAACAUGGGGCGGCGCCACCGUAGCAAGUCACACACCCUCCCCUCCUCCCCCACGUCGUCGUCGUCGUCGUCCUCCUCCGACUUCGAGUUCACCAUCUCCCUCUCCCCCCACAAAUCCUCCCGCCCCGCCGACGAGCUCUUCUACAAGGGCCAGAUCCUCCCCCUCCACCUCUCCCCCCGCCUCUCCAUGGUCCAAUCCCUCCUCUUCUCCCCCUCCUCCUCCUCCUCCUCCGCCACCGCCUCCCGCGACUCCACCGCCUCCUCCGACCUCCUCCUCGACUCCGACUCCUCCCGCCCCAGCUCCGCCGCCGACGACGAUCUCAUCAAACGCCCCCCCGCCGACCUCCUCUCCCGGAAACCCUCCAAAUACUUCUCCCUCGCCAAAUUCUCCUCCAAGGCCGCCGCCGUCAAGCGCGCCAGCUCCACCGCCAGAGGAGUCCUCCGCAAAUACUUCAAUAAGGUCAAACCCCUCUACGAAAAGCUCUCCCACAAACAACAACAACAACAACAGACAAUGCCGCCGCCGCCAUCGCCGCCAUUGCCGCCGCCGCCGCCGCGAUCGAGCGAAAUCUCGCAAUCCUUCUCCGGGAACUUGAGAUACCCUAGGAGGAGAAGCAGCAUCUCGAGCUGCCCGUCGUCGAUGACGUCGUCGCCGCGGCGCGGCGAGAGCGGGUCGGGGCUGGGUCGGGGCGGAUCCGGGUCGUACAAUGUGGGAGGUUCGUCGAUGGCGGAGCUCCAGAGCGCCAUCCAAGGCGCCAUUGCUCACUGCAAGAACUCCAUGAUGAAGAGCAACGCCGCCUUAACGGUCAGCAACGAUAUUUAAUUAAAUAUAUUCCAUAUAUGUAGAAUUAUUAAUAUAUAUUAACUGAGUGUUUUUUGUUAACUAGUAAUUAACAUGUAUGUGUUGCUGAUUGGUGUUAACAUAAUUAAUUGAUCGAAUUUCUAAUUUUA